GCGAGAAACGGUUGAGUUCUGAAAUGUUCGAGCAAUUGGUUGAGAAUAACGCUCGGAUCAAAUCGAGCAGAUUCAAAGCGAACAAAAAGUGUCUUUUGAUUCCAUUAGGUGUUACGAUCGUCGCAACAAUCGUAAUAUUUCCAAUAAUAUUCUUCAGAGUUUCAUCGUCCCACGACUAUGACCGCGAUCCACCGGGAACUAGUUUGCCUAGGAAGUGUGGCCAACGAACCUCCAAAUCGAACUGGCCUUGGACGGUGCAGAUCAACAAGUACGACGAUUUCGGCUGGGAGGAGACGAUCGCGCUGGGAACGCUUGUGAACCAUCGAUACGUGCUGACUUCGGCGUACGCCAUAAGGAAACAUAAGGACAGCUACCUAGGUUUAUCAGUGGGAGAACCUCCAGGCUUGCAUCGACACAUCGUCAGCAUGAAAUUCAUCGAACACGAAUCCUUUGACUUUCGCGGAGGAAUCAACAUGGUUCUACUUCGACUGGACAAGUCCGUUGAAUUUGAUGAUCACGUCCAGCCGAUUUGUCUUUCGUGGGUACAACCGGAAAUUCCACAACAGCUUACGAUCAAUCCAUCAGAUAAAACUGAGAAAUUGUCCAGUUCUUCGGUGCAGUUGGUAGGCUAUCGAGACUGUUUCAUGCUGUGGUACUCGAACGGGUUCGAUACAGAUCAAGAUUCGAUGCGACUUCACCUGUGCGCCAAGCAAAUGAACAGUAGUGAACAUUGUACUGCCCUUCCGGGAUCACCCCUGCUGGGAGUGUUUCAUGAUAACGGGAAGGAUCGUUUUGUACAGUAUGGUAUCAAACACUACGGGGAUUGUACGGAAGGUUUGCAGAUUUAUACGAAUGUCUCUUUUAAUAUGGAAUGGAUACAAACAACUCUCAACCGCUAUCAAUAAUCUUGCUUGAAUAUGUCGAUAACAAUAAGUUUUAUUUCUAAGCAAUUCCACUGACUCAGUUGGCUCAAGUGUUGUUUUAAAAGUAAAAAAAAUCCAUAAUGCACUCGAGCUCAAAUCCCGGCAGCAAUCAUCAAAUCAAACCCAUCGACAUUUGAUACACCCCCGAAAAACCUCGAAUAAACUGAUGCCCUCAACAACUCUCGGUAGUGACACAUGUUCCACCACACUUUAACGAGCCCUCAAGUGGCCUUCGAACAUUUUUUUUCCUCCAAUUUUUAAUGUUUACUCACUACUCAAAUUUUCGAGGAGUCCACCACCCUCGCACGCCAACUCCCAUAUCCAUAAUCAUAACCAUCAACUUAAUGUUUGGCUUAACGUUCCUCCGAACAAGAAAACGGUAUUAGAGCUACCAUUACGGGUCGUAAUUAAAAAUAUUUACUCUAGUGCUGCCUCCAAAGUCGUUGUUUAGAUAACCGACUGGCCCGGCAGUCAGUGCAGCGCAGCUGUCUCAACUCGUUACGACGAGGUCCUCUUGAGGUCCCAAAAGUUCAUCGACACCCCCGCCCGUCAUCGAUCACCGGGAAUCGCAACAAAUUUUCACGAAAAUUCCAUCACGUGUGGGAACCAAAACUCCCCCCUUCCUGGCCAAAGUGUGACAAAAGUCUAAGAAGUGCGAUUAGCCGCGACCAAACUCACUGCUGGAUCACGUUUCCGUGCGCGGGAAAAUUUCACGCCUGCUUAGAGUAGUAGGCUUUGGCUUGGGAAGAUAGACGUCACGUCACCCUUUGACUUCACACUUUGCUCAUUAAGUGAACUGCGCGUGAUGGAUAUUGAGCAUGCUGAUUUAUUCCCAAAGAAAAGGAAAAAAGAAGGGGGAAAAGCUGGACCACUUUAGAAGUGAUUAUUUCAUGCUUUUG